AUGUCUUCAAAGACACCGAUCAGGAGCGCCUUGGGUCAACCUCCCCUCCCGGAGGACCCCCGCUCAUUCAGUCCUCCCGAUGGCGAGGCAGAGGCUGAACCGGCCUUUGAUCGGGAGCUACAGGAGCUUCUGGACGAGGCCAGCUGUACGCUGCUGGAUCCAAUCCCCGGCGUCGAUGCUCCGAUGAAUCUCGCAUUAAAGACAGAUGCCAGUGGGUCCAAUCAACGGCCCGUCUUCAAGCUUGGAUCGCAAUCCGAUAGAUUGGCCAGUCUCCAUCGCCGGCUCGCCAGCACGGAAGUCCCGUCCUUCCUGAUCCAGAUGCCUGUUAUCUUAGUUCAAUACUAUUUUGAUCACGUCUGCAAGUCUUGGUCUUCUUUCGACUCUCCUCUGAAUCCGUUUCGGUUCUUGGUCGGCCGACUUUGGAGUAGGAAUGCUGCCGUCUACUAUGCUAUUCAGAGUAUGGCAGCCGCCUCGCUUGCGAAUGACUUUCCUAGCAUGAGAGCUGUGGGUCUUCAAACACAGCAACAAGCUAUCGCAUGCCUCCGGAAUAAUCCCCGGAUAGGCUCAUUGCAUCGCGAUAACCAAGAUGACGAGUUCUUCAUCGCCCUCUUGAUGAUUGGGUUGACAACGACUUGGCACGAUGCCGGCGACCUGGGGUUGGAAUAUUUGAAAGAGGCCAAAGACUACCUCGCGCAUCAGCAGAAGAUGUCGAAAAGCCCCGACUCGACUUUUGCGAAACAGUAUCCCCUCUAUCAGCAAUGUCUGCUCUACUGGAACAUGCUGGCCGCGUUCGUGGCCGAAGACUCCUUGCUUGUCAACGAAGAGAAAGUCCUCGAACGACCGGACACUGAGAUGUCCGUAUACCUGGUGGAUGGCCAAACCCUUCCCCAUCCAUGGACCGGGCCACUUUCAAAAUCCAUUGGCCUAUUCUAUCAGACCGCCAAGCUGGUUCGCGCUGCCCGGAUAUCACGUCGUACCAGCGGAGAAGUCUUCGAUCUGGACAGCAUCGACUUCAACUCGCUGGUCGAAGAAAUCGAACAGCGACGCAGCGCCGAGCAGCUGGAGGAGAGUAUUCUGUUCUCGGGUCUCUCUUCGUACUGCGGGCCCGUCGAUAUAGGUGACACCGACACACCUCCUUCCCAUUUCAUCACCAUGGCCGAAGUGUAUCGCUGCAGCGCUCUUUUGCAAAUAUACCAUGUUUUCCCGGAUAUCUUGGACGAACGACUCCAGCUCAUCGGGAACUUGAAGCCCGGCCAAGACAUCCCGGCCCUCUUUGCUAUUCUUUUGAAAUCCAACCCUUGCCCGUCGGUGGCCGAAGCGAGACGCAUUCUGGCAUUGCACAUCGUGGCUCUCAUCGAUCAAAUCCCCUCUACCUCCGGGACCCGAUGCAUGUUACCGGUUCUUCUUACUUGCAUUUCCAGCGAUCUUGUAUUUUCCACUGAAUCUCUCUUUGGUCCGGCUGCAAAUGCAAUUGCUUGUUUAAGUACUCUAGACGUCGAAAUUGCUCAGGCAAGACGCAAGGUUAGUAUAUGGUUGUCCGAGAUCUCAUUCAUUCUUCCUAAGCUGCGCUUGCAGCGGUGCUCGCGUAUUGUGCAGGAAACUUGGGACCGGGCGGAUGCUGGACUUGGGAGGUAUUGGCUAGAUGUUAUGAUUGAACGCAACCUCGAGACUAUCAUGGGAUAA